GAGAAUAAUGUCAACAGAUUAUUCUUCCUCGUGGUGUGUAUAGACGAUCGCGGACGAGAGCAUCACACGGAUCGUUAAUAACGUUCGAAGCGCAGCGUAUACAUUAUAACACAACCACGUCGGAGGCGCGUCGUCGUCGUCGUCGUAAAUACACGGAGGUGGGAUAUUUUAUAUAACGCUCUUGGAUUAAAUGGAAAAUCAAGUCCCCUCGUAUAGUCAUUGAUUCGCUGCACGCGUGCGAGGUACUUUGUUCAUGAAUUGGUCGCACACGAGAGAGGCGACAAAACGAGAACGAUUUGUUUACACUCCAGGCUCGCACGCGCGCACGCAAAAACGUUGUGAAAUUUUUUCAAUCGAGAGUUUCGUUGUUGUUGUUGAAAAUAAUCCGAGAUGUCGGCGAGUGACAAAGUUAGCAACGGCGAUUCGCUGAUCGUGCUUCGCGAGCCCGAGCAGCUUCUGCGCCAAGUGCUGGGCGACGAGCUCACAGUCCUCGACCUCCAGCAGACGGCCCUGGUGCCCAUGGGCGAGAACUACGGCAGCUCCAUACUGAAGAUCGACGUGGUCGUCAAGAGGACAGCCGACGCGGCCGAGGAGAAGCUCGGCCUGGUGGCCAAGAUGGCACCCGCCACCGCCUUCCAGCAGGAGAUGCUGAACGUCAAGGCGUCCAUGCUCAAGGAGAUCUACAUCUUCAAGGAUCUGAUACCUCUGUACCAGGAGAUGCAGCGCGAGGUCGGCGUCCCGGAGAAGGACGUGAUCGACGUGCUGCCAAAAUAUUACGGCAGCCGAUUGUCGCUCGAUCUGGACAAUCGGGAGGAGGCCGAUCUCGACGCGGUGCUGCUGAUGGAGAAUCUCAAGUGCCGCGGUUACGAGACCAUGGACAGAAAAAUAGGUAUGGACUACGCGCACGCGAAAAUGGCCAUCGCCAAGCUGGCGGAGUAUCACGCGCUCGGCCUCGCGCUCAGAAUCAAAAAGCCCGAGGCCUUCGCGAAAGCUCGCGAGCUGAUCGACGUCAUUCCCUUCGAGACGAACACGGAAGUGUUCGCCGGCAUGGGCGAGGAGAUCUACAAGACCAUUUGCAGCGAUCCACGGACGGCCGUUCACAAGGACCUGAUCAAGAAGCAAAUCGACGACAACGUGAAUUUCGAGUGCUUCUACAACAUGGACGCGGUCGAGCCGUGGCUGACACUGAGUCACGGUGACUUUUGGGUCAACAACAUAAUGUUCAAGAACGACAACGGAAAACCCAUCGACAUCAAGCUCAUCGACUUUCAAAUCGCCUACGCCUGCAGCCCCAUGAAGGAUCUUCCCUACUUCCUCACGGGCAGUCUAUCGAUCGAGACCAUCGACCGGCACUUCGAGGAUCUGAUCGACGUCUAUCACGAGACGCUGCUCGACACCCUCGAGCAGCUGAAAUGCGACACCGCGCCGUUCGCGCGCGAAAAGUUCGACGAGCAGCUGCGCUACGACGCGAGCAAUCAGCUCUACCGCUGCAUGAUGGCGCUCAAGUUCUUCACCAUGGACGCGGCCGAGAACAACAUCGACCUGAACGACCUCAAGGGCACCGUGAUACUGUCCAAGUCCAACGACGUGUACGUCGAGCGACUCUGCCGGAUGGUCGACAAGUUCGUCGAAAAGGCCUGGCUGUAGAUUAUAAUAUGUAAAAAAAAAUUCGGUUGUAAGAAAGUAAAUAUUGUACUUUAUAGGCGAGCGAACGAUGUUUUUUUUCUCUUUUGUAAAUACAACUUAUUUUUGUAUAGUGACUACAAAAUUGUUACGGUGAUUUGAGAACCACGAAAAAAUGCACAGUAUUACUUGUAAAAAAUUGCGGGUAUAAAAUAAAUAAAGUAAAAUUACAUUUUUG